AUGUAUGUCGACGACUUGGUCAGCGGAGGAGAAACAGUCGCGAAGGCGAAACAACUGAAAGAAAUCAGUACUGAGAUCUUUGAAGAUGGGACAUUCCAGCUGCACAAGUGGCACUCGAAUGUUCCUGAACUCGAGCAAACUCCCACAACCUCCUCUGUAGAAGAUACGUUCGCCAAGCAACAACUGGGGGCGACGUCAUCCCCAUCGACAAUACUCGGCCUUUCAUGGGACAAAGAUCAAGACGUCAUACAAGUAGAGAUACCUGCUGAGAAAGCUCAGCCAACCAAGAGAGGAAUCCUCGGAAAGAUCGCCAAGAUUUACGACCCCCUCAGAAUAAUCGCACCGGUUACACUGCAAGGAAAGCUAUUGUAUCGGGAUUGUUGUGAUCGUAAAGUGGCCUGGGACGCGAGAUUGCCAAGUGAUCUGGAAGGGAGAUGGUUGAAAUGGGAGACGAGUCUUCCAAACCACGUGAACGCCCCAAGGAGCUUAGCUCAGUUUCAAGAAAAGAUCGAAGAUGUCAAGCUCCACGCGUUCGGGGAUGCGAGUGGAUACGGAGUCGCGGCGUCGGUAUUCGCGGUGGUUAAACAACAGAGUGGGAUCUCCCAAGGUCUCGUGGCCGCCAAGUCGCGUUUGGCGAAGAAGAACCUGACAAUCCCUCGUUUAGAGUUGGUAUCAGCUCACAUGGCCACUAACUUGGUCCACAACAUUCGAGAAGCGUUGGACGGGUUUCCAGUAAGCCAGGUCUUUGGUUGGUUGGACAGUACAGUGGCCCUGCACUGGAUACGUGGAGGAGGAGAGUUCAAGCAGUUUGUUGGUAAUAGAGUGCGAAAGAUCCAGGAGAAAUCAUACAUUCAGUGGCGACACGUAUCUAGCGAAGAGAAUCCUGCUGACCUGGGUAGCCGAGGAGGGAAAGUCAGCGAGAAAGAGCACCUCUGGUGGAAAGGGCCAAAGUGGCUACCUAUCCAAGAUACCUGGCCAAGCGAUAUCGUGACCAACCCAAACCCCGAAACGAUAGCAGAAAUAAAACCAUUGAAGAGUUUGUUCAAGAUCGCAGUCCAAGAACCAGACGAGUUUGAUCAGUUGUUGAAAAAGUGGAAUUUGUGGAGGACCCUGAGAAUCUGUUCAUGGAUUUCGCGCUUCAUUUGUAAUAUCGGCAGAGACAAAGAAUCAGUAAGCGGUCCACUGUCCACCGAGGAAAUCGAGGCGCGGAAGUUGUGGUGGAUCGCGAGAGGGCAAGAAAGGAAUAAGAAUACGGCGGAAUUUGUAAAAGAUCGGGCAACUAAACCUCCAACCAUGCAGUAA